AUGGGAAAACUCCUUAGCUUUACUUACCUGGGUUUGGAACCAUGGCGCUUUGUGCUACUGGGCAAGACUAGAGUUGGCAAAAGUGCCACAGGAAACACCAUUCUGGGUGAGAAGCUGUUUAAGUCAGAAGUUAGAGCCUCAUCUGUAACUGCUCACUGCAACAUUCAAGAAAGAAAAAUAAAUAAAAAGAUCACAGUCAUGGACACCCCUGGUUUAUUUGACACAAAAAUGUUUCAUGAGAAAAUCAAAGAUGAGAUUUUGCGUGGUCUGCAGCUAAUCGCUUCUGGUCCUCACGCCUUCAUUCUGGUGAUCGAUACGAGGCGCUUUACCGAAGAGGAAAGAAACAUAGUCAAGUACUUUCAGGAAGUCUUUGGUGAGGAAGUGCACAAGUACAUGAUUGUGUUGUUCACACGGGGAGAUGAUCUGGAGCAUGAAGAUAAAACCAUAGAAACCUUCAUCAGGGAAGCUGGACCUGAAGUUCAGCAGCUAAUAUCUGCAUGUGGAGGGCGCUAUCAUGUGUUUAACAACAGAUGCCCAGACAAUCGCACUCAGGUGGACACCCUCCUAGAGAAGGUUAACCAGAUGCAGAAAAAAAAUAAUCAUCAGUACUACACUUAUGACCUGUUUAACAUGGCCAUGGAAAUUAAUUAUCAGAAAAAACGAACUAAUAAACAGAAGCAAAAAAUCACUGAACUUGAGGCUAAAGUGUCUGAGCUGAUAAAGAACAGCAGUAAUGAGAGUUGUAACAUACUGUAG